CAGCAAAGGACCACCAGAUAGGCAAUGGGGAAGAACAAAGGGAAAGGGGAGAAGAUCAAGAAUGUCUUUCAUAUUGCCAGCAAGAAUUUAAAAGCUAAAAAUAAAGCAAAACCAUUCACCACAAAUCUUAAGAAGAUAAACAUUGUGAAUGAAGAAAAAGCUAGAAUUGUAAAUGCAGCAUUCAUAGAUCAAAAAGAGCUUGCACACUUCUCAAAAAGGCUGUCACUUGAACCAUUGCCAAAGCACCUGAUUUCUCAGUGUUCUGAAGGUGAAACAAUUAGUGUGAAUGAUGCUACUAGAUUAAUGGCUCAGUUGUAA